CGAGAUUGACAUUCGCAUUUCCAUACAUGUCACUCUUGUCAUAUAUAUUCUUAGAACGACAACUCUAUACUCUUGUCGUAUCCUUGCAUUCGAGCUUUCUUCCGCCGUUUCCUCCUACUUCAUUGAUCGUUGCGAGUUCUUCCUAAGUCGAAUACUACUGCACGUUGUUAGAACGCCUGCGAAACGUGUACCGAGCAUGAAUGAGUACCCUGGCGAAAAUCUUUCAAGGUAACUGAAUCGAAAGCAGUCAAAAUGAAAAAAGGAAGAAAAUAGGGAACGAAGGGUAUAGGUCGCAACGUGUCAUGUGUAUCGAAGGAAGUACGAGGGGUUGACACUUGCUCUCGCCACGAUCGAGAUACGCGAAUUUGACCGCGUAUCGAUCUUUAGCGACGUCUUACGGAAAAAUUGACGUAAACGGCGCUCGAACGUUGCCACGAUGAGAAAAUCGAUGCGCACUUCGGUCCUUCCUGCGAAUCUAUACCAAAAGCUGACCUCAAAAUGUAUAGAACAGGCCAAAGACCUGGUUCGUUUCGGAUCGAAACGAACGUGCGUACCAACGGUUAAGUCACAAUUUUAUUUCCGCGAUCUCUCGGUUUCUUCCAUGGACACAUUCAUAAAAUAUCGCUUCGUUCGAGUAUGUAAAGCUCUGCGAACCCUGAAAUUUCUAUCUGUCAUUAUGUAACGGUGCGAGGUUCCACUUAAAAUCGAUGCUUGAAAUUUUGAAUGUAGGACAAUUUUUUUCCGGAAGCCAUGUUUUUUCGUGACAAUUUCAUGCAAAUGUCACGGAAACGUGGUAGUUACGCAUAAUGAAGGAGGAAGAAACAAUUUCCAUGAGAAAUUCUUGAACCGAUCAAAGAUUGUAACGAGGCAAUUACGAAGAUUGGAGGAACGUGUUCUUUGGGAUUGAUCCUAAAAUUCGUGGAACAAAAGAACGUGUUUCAAGGUCGACCGAAAUCUUGGCGAUAUCGAUUUAAGAAACUACUGGUUCGGAACAAUUUCUAGCUACUUAAAUCAUAGUAAUUGUUCUCCAUCGUACAGUUAUCUCUGUCCCUUUAAAGAUAACAGCAUUUCCUGACCCAUUUAUCAAGGUGCACCAACCGGCCCUUUGCUUCGCUCCACGACAAUGAAGUUUCGCAGUUAAAGAUCCGGAGAUUCCUGACCCACUUCGACUCGUCGAACACCAGCCGUGCGAUAAGAAUUCAAAAAGAUCCGUGAAAAGAGAACAAAUACACAUUUUCUAACAGUUGUCCAAAAACAUACUUCAGUUGAAAUUUAAAUCAACACGCUUUACGAGUGCUCGCCUCUAUUUGCUUUUCGCGCUACGAUUUCUUUUUCAUCCCCUGUUUUUGUCUCUUUCAACCAACUUCGCGUUCACUUAUUUUUUCCUUUUUUACGAAAACUUCAAUUUCAGCGGGAUAUUCGAAAAAGGAGGGUCAUUUAGAAAUUUUCGCGAAGAAAAAUUGUUUGCUUGACCGAUGAGAGAUUUUUAAGCUCGAAAACUUUUUCCUUGUUUGUCCUCGUUAGCUCCGACUUGGCUCUUUGAUCGAUCAAAUAUUUCUCAAAAUAAUAAAAGUCUUUAUUAAGGUCAUGACUAUAAAUUUUCUUCGGUAUGGCCUUCCGCUCGUUGCCUGGACAUUUCUUGGCUAUAUCAUGGUGCUUUGGCGAGAAUGCUUCGGUUGAAAGCCUGACCUUCUCGUACUAUCCAAGCUUAAUUAAAGAAUCAGCAACUUUCGUCGCUUCAGAAUCAUAUCUCUCUCGCGUCGGACUAAUGAAGGCAAUAAUUAAACUUCGAUAUUAAUUAAAUGAAAUCGGAUUACGUAUUUAUCCAAUGUUUAUUCGGCGAAUAACAGCGAUGGAAAAAGCUUCGACGCUUUAUGCUCGUUCAGUGGCUCGAGUUGAAAUUUCUGCACGCGGGCGUCAAAGUAGUCACGGAACAAAGAAAAAAAGGGCUUCCCUUGUUACUUGAUAUUUCCAUUACCAUAUUUGCUACGAUCGUUGACGCAAAGGGCAGAGGAAAAAAAACCUGGAAAAUUUACAUUCGCUCUCGGCAGCGAUGAACUAGGCUUUCCCAUUUAACGAUCCGUGUAACAAUGCAUAACGUAACGAGCACACAAAAAGUAAUUAUGUAUGAGUCCCUAGACCGUGAGCGUAUCUCCAAGCUCUGUGCUUUCAAAAAUGCAACGCCAGACUUUCCAACAAGGACAAGAGUGGGUGACUGCAAUUUCGACAAUUACACAGGUUGUCCCCGUGUGUUAAACAUCGGCAAUUGAUUCGCUAGAGUUCACGGGGUCAAUGCGAGCCCUGAUGCGUAAGGGAGACGUCGAUGCACCUGCUUGUACUACAAAAUUGAACUUGACUUCGAACAAUGUUACCGCUGAUUAAAGCGUUACCCUUGUUAGCUUCCUCGGCGGACAAUUAUUGGGACGUGCAAGAGACCGAUAACCGUGACGGGCAAAGGAGAUUGCUUUUUAUUCCACGUAUAUCUGUGGAUAACCGUGACGGACAAGGAGACUUUUUGUUCUAUGGACAUUUUUUCGGAAAUUAUACAAAGUUUCUUAAGAAUGUGCACGCAGAACAAGCGGCGAAGUUGCAAGCGAAGAACCAGCACGAGUGCGACCUUCUGGAAGAUAUUCGUAAUUUCACGAUAAAAAAAUCUGCUAUUGAAAAGUCGUAUUCAGAGGCACUACUUAAAAUAUCUUCCGCGUAUUUAAAUAAAAAGAUCCCUAAUAUUCCGGACCUCAAAGUCGAUGGUGGAGAGGAAAAAUGGAAUAUGUGGAAUGUCUGGCGAACCGUUUUGGAAGAAAACGAAAAGCUCGCCAGGGCGCGAUUAGCCGCUGUAGAAGUUUUUCAGCAGCAAAUUGCUGACGAUGCGAAAAGUUUAAAGAUGCAUAAAAUUCAAAUUUCUAAGAAGGCAAUCGACCAAUUAAUGAUAGUACAAAAAGAGUUGCAAAUGUGUGUACAAGAUGUAGACAAAACAAAAAAAUUAUACUUCGAUGAAGAGCAUAGCGCCCACGAUGUUCGCGACAAAGCAAAAGAUAUCGAAGAAAAGUUGAAAAAGAAGAAGGGAUCUUUCUUUCAAUCGAUAACAUCAUUACAAAAGAAUAGUGCAAAGGUAAGCUCUAAACGGGAUGCUUUAGAAGAAAAGUCCACGGGGGCUCGAAACGAUUACUUACUUAGUCUCGCCGCUGCCAAUGCACACCAGAAUAGGUAUUUUGUAGUUGAUUUACAAAAUACUAUGCAAUACUUAGAGCAAGGUGUUUACGAUAAAGUAGCAGAAUAUUUAACUUUAAUGGGUCGUACAGAACUUUUGACUUGUUUAGCUACGCAAAAUAGUUUCGGUAAAAUUCGCGACCAAGCGCAACAACUAACUAGGGAGUACAAUAUACAAUGUUGCUGCUUGUAUUAUCCAGUUCUAAAACAACAUAUACAAUAUGAAUUCGAAGCUUGCGACAACGAUCCAGUAGAGAGGAUAACGGCCGAUCAUUCUGCUGCAGCUACGCUUGGAAAAGAAGCUCGUCGCUGGUCGACGCGAAUAGCACGCGAAAUAAGCAGUAUCAGGGAAAAUAAUAGAAAAUUACAAGUUCUUUUACAGCUUAAAGAGUCUGGACAAAAGACUGAUCCAAAUGAUCCACAAGGUCCAGAUAUAGACACAAAAAUCGAUGAACUGAAACACGCGAUACGACGCGCUGAGACAGCAAAGCUGAAGGCAGAAGCGAGAAUAGAAUGCCUUCGAAACGGUGGAGUGAACGUUGACGAGUGGUUACAAGAAGCUGAAACUCUGAGCGUCCAAGAUAUGCCUCGCUCGGCCAGCUCCCUUUCCGUCAGAACCGAUGCAUCUGGAACAGCGGAGCAUCCGUCCUCAGAUUCGUUCUACGAUAGUGACGGAGAUGGUGGUAGCGAUUUAACUACCGUUGAACGACCGGGUAGUGCACGAAACGCUCCUCAGCAAGAGGAAACUACAGAGGAGAGGCAAAGACACGAUAGCGAGGAAGUGGAUGCUCUGCUUGAACAGGAGAAGCAACGAAUAGAACAGCUUACUGUCGGUUGGGAUGACCCAACAGCGGUGAACUGGGAUAACGAAGAGAAGGAUGAGCAAACUGAAGUUCAAGAAACAGCCGAAGCACCUUCUACACAGCAAAUAUAUAAAUGCACCGCCCUUUAUUCGUACACGGCGCAAAAUCCUGAUGAAUUGUCAAUUGUCGAAAGUGAACAACUCGAAGUCGUUGGAGAGGGCGAUGGCGAUGGUUGGUUACGAGCACGAAAUUAUCGCGGCGAAGAAGGAUUUGUUCCUCAGAAUUAUCUUGAUGUUGAGCGAGAGACAACAUCUGGUUUGACUUCGCAAGGACCAGGACUGGUGCAACAAAUAUCUUUCUCUUCGGUAGAUUACACUAUCGACGAUCACGAUGCAGUCGACCCAGACGCUAAUCUACAACCUGCUGCUCCAGAGAAUAUUGUACAAAAUCACAUAGGGGAACCGGAGCAAUAUUGUAUCGCUCUUUACGAUUACGAUACUACGUGCGACGAAGAGCUUAGCUUCCUCGAAGGUGAUAUCGUAAAAGUCCUGAGAAAAGAACCGCAUGACGUGGACGAUGGAUGGUGGGAAGGUGAAUUACGUGGACAACGAGGAUUAUUCCCAUCUUUAAUUGUAGAACCUUGUGCUGCAGACGGCUCACCCUUGACUCCACAGGUUAAAUUUGAAAAUAUAACGCCACCGAGCUCCGCGCCACCGAUGUUUACACCGCCUGAAGUUCUAGAAUUUCUGUUAGAAGAUGAAUUAGCGCAAAAUUCAAUACAAGGGUCGGAAAACAAACAACAAUCAGAUAAUGUGAACACUGAGCAACAGCAGAAAGAACAACAGCAAGAAGGUUUUAUAAUAAAUCUUUCAAAGGACCAAAAAAGUCAUUAUGGGUCGCAAUUCGAAGGCGAUAAGUCCGAUGAUGGGCCUGGUAUAGUAGUUGUAGAAGUAUCGGAAGAUUCAGAAGCCAAGAUGAAUGAUGAGAAAGCAAAACAUCCGCAAUCUUUGAACACCGAUCAAUCUAAAGAUGAUUUCGGACUUGGUGUUGCACAAAUUGUGAUUACCGCGGCGACCCCAAUGGAAGAAGUUGAACAUCCGUUUCCCGGAUUAGAGGAAACUGCUGACGAUACGGUGAAAUCCGCAGAAAGUUCCGAAGCUGAUUUACCAUCGAGUACUACCACUGAUAUGAACGAGAGUGAUUGCAAAGAGGCCACCGUGAUAAUGGAUGAGAGAGAAGAACAAGAAACUACAGAAGCAACAGAAGAUAUAGAAGAAAAGUCAACGGUCGAUGAUCUGCCUACAGAUUCAGCACCGUUUCCGGUUAGUAGCAGUUCUGGCAGUGAAGCAGAUUCAACAUCCGGCCCAAGCACCGCUGAUAAUUCUCAAUCGAUACCGUCUCGUGGUACCGUAAUCGAGGUACAGGAUAAUACAGAGGAUAUUGAAAUCGUACCCGAGAAAAUGGUGGUAGGAGGAAGGGCAAGUAUUCCAGAUGAAUUACAGCCUGACCAGUUAGAAAAGCUACAAAAUUUAAAAGAAUCGAAUGCCUAGGAUUGACUAGACCUCGGAGAUCCUGAUUAUCCUGCCUUAACAAAUAAACUGGCUCUUCCGAAAAAUCAUCAAAAUAAGUUUCAGCAUUUACUGGAAUUUUGGAAAUCUCCGGAGGUUAUUGGAAAGAAAGACUAACGAAUAACGGAACAACUAACAAAAUUUUUAUGUUAAUACUAUGUACACAACUUUUUUGCUAGAUGAUAUUCUAGUGAACUAUUUAAAGAAGGGUGUUGCG